UAAUCGACUCAGAAUUCUGUUUUAAUACAUAUACAAUGCAGUUAUAUUAUUGGCAUCUUUCCUGUGUGCAGAUGGCAUGCCUUGUGAAAAUAAAGUGUAUGCGUAGCCAUGUGCGUGUUUAGAGCCGUAUGGAUAAUGGUCAAGUGAGAUGUUUGGUUAAUAUUGAUAUUAAAUAGGCCUAAUGCUUCAUAUCUCAGACUGAUUUGACCAAUCAUGCACGUUAAUCUGCUGCAUGUGUGAUUGAGUUUCUGUGGUGGACUUCUUUCUGUAGUACUUCCUCAUUGCAUGCCUGAGACUUCCUGCUUUACAUGCUGUAGUAUUUUGACAAAUAGAAAUCAUUUCAUUGAGAUGAACUCACUGUGUGCAUGCAGACACAUCUGCCUACAGCCUCUUACCCCUACCUCCAGUAGUUGCCAUAGAAACUGUGUACACCAUCACUAGUGCUGUUCUUUGAUACUUUCACAGGGUUGUCAAAUACAACUUAGAAAACAGACCAUGUUAAUAAGUCAAGUGGGUCGGGCCAAAAAUAAUAAAUAAUUCAUUAUGUGACCAAUAACACAUCGACAGCUCCUGUUUAAUUGUUUAAGGUCCCGAAUCAGUUCUGUGCUAACAUUUAUGACAUCCCCGAUGGCACUACAGGAGAGAAUCAGAGUGGUGCUGCUGGCAUGUGGCUCCUUCAACCCCAUCACCAAUAUGCACCUGCGCAUGUUUGAGCUGGCACGGGAUCACCUGGAAGAUACUGGAAGGUACAGAGUAGUAAAGGGUAUCAUCUCUCCUGUUGGUGAUGCCUAUAAGAAGAAGGGUCUGAUUGAGGCGUGUCAUCGAGUGGAGAUGGCCAAAUUAGCGACCGAGAACUCCAGCUGGAUCAGUGUAGAUGACUGGGAGAGUCAGCAGGCUGAGUGGGUGGAAACAGCCAAAGUUAUCAGACACCAUCAUGCUGAGUUAUCAUCAGUGGUGGAGAGCCAUGACGAGGUGGACACGGUAAAGUUCCCAAAGAAAAGAAGAGUGGAGGAAAAUGAGGAAAGUUCAUCAGAUCACAACAGAUCAGAAACUCUUCAGCUCAAGCUGUUGUGUGGAGCAGACGUGCUGGAGUCCUUCAGUAUCCCCAGUCUGUGGAAGAAGGAGGACAUUGCCGAAAUUGUGGGCCGCUUUGGGCUUGUGUGCAUCACCAGAAGUGGCUGUGAUGCAGAGAGGUUUGUCUACCAGUCUGACAUGCUGCACAAAUAUCGUAACAACAUCCACAUCGUGAGGGAAUGGGUGACCAAUGAGAUCUCUGCCACGCACGUGAGACGAGCUGUGUGCAGGGGCCAGAGCGUGCGCUACCUGCUGCCUGAGCCUGUGGUGCACUACAUCCAAGAUCAACAUCUGUACAGCGCUGAGAGUGAGCAGAAGAACGCAGACGUCGUCCUUGCUCCUCUUCAGAGAUAUAACAGGGCAGCUGAAUAAGCUACUGCACUCUGUGUGUGUGUGUGUGUGUGUGUGUGUGUGUGUGUGUGUGUGUGUGAGCUGCCAAACACUUGCUCCAUAGAGCCAAUGCACUUCACCAGCUACAAUGUAGAAAUAUUUGACGCCCUUAAUACACUAGACAUCUUUUGGAAAAGAAUCAGGGUUUACAAAUGCAAAUGAUUUUUACAAGCCACUCUUUGCACUCUAUAAAACGUCUGAUUAUCCAAAUAAAACUCCUGAAGCUUUUGGUAAUUAGUUGGUCCAUGUUUUUUUUUUUUUAGGGUCUUAUAAUGAGGGUGUUAUAAUAUAGUAAAAGUCCUAGUAUUUCUGGGCAACUGCUGAAACCAAUUUUAUUAAGAAUAUUUUCUUGAAGACACUAUCAGUGUGUUCAGUCCUGUUAUCUUAUACAUGCACAAUUGUUUGGAUUUAUUUUCUUAAUAAAAUAGCUAUGUGUAAAGAGGUGUACACAGCAUCGGACUUCUUUUUGUUAUGAUGAAACGAGUUUGUUUUAUGGCACAGGCUACUUUUCACGUUGUAGUUUGGCUUCAUCCUAGAACACACUGUCCACCAAUUUGGGAGUGUGAAAGCUAACAAGGUUUACACAGUCUAAUAGAUAGCCAACGUUAACUAAUCUGGUAGGCUAUAUAACAGACUAAUCCUGGCUAAAUUUUUUUUUACUUACACGAUAUAAUGGCCUCAGAAUAGCUAGCUUGUUACUGCAUGAGAGAGCUGGCAGCAUUUGUAAAUGGCUAUUAUUCUACUCACUGCCACCUACUGAACAUGACUGUAUUCUGAAUAAGCGAUGAAUCUGAUCACUGUGAUAUGGGCAUAAUUGAGCACAUCCAUGCAAUUUGUGAUGGUGAGAAGUUGGAGUUUGCAAGAAUACAUACUUAAUGCCCCUCCACCAACAUGGAACAAACUGUCCCCAAC